GUUUCCUGCUGUUCCCGCCGGAGAGCCGCUCCGACGGUCGGCUUGUUUUCUCCUGGAUUUACCCAAAACUGCCACAUCUGGUUCAGGUCUGUGAGAAUCGAUGGAGUUCAAGCCGGACGACAUCACUUCCUGUCUGUGAUCGCCCCUGGCAGUGAUGCGCCUCAGCCAGCUGGUCACCAGCAGCUCCUCCCUCCAGGUUCCUCCUCCGCCCAGCCGGGUCGGCGCCGGCCCCGUCAGGGGGACGGAGCGGCCAACAGAACCUCCAAGGAGCUGCAGCUCGGCUGGGAGGAACUGCUGGAGUCUGGACCUGCAGGUGGCGCUGCUGCUGGUGACGCUGGCUGGAGCCGUGAUCCUGCUGCUGCUCUACAGGCUGCUGCAGCUGAGGCACAGGCUCAGGCUGGCCCGGGCGCGACACGCCUUGGAGUACAGCAGCUUCUACCACAGCGCCACCUACAGGCUGAAGCAGCCCACCGCCUGCCAGGAGAUCCCCACCAAGAACGGGUCGCUCCCAGAAGAACCGGCUCCCAUCCAGACCAUCACCACCAUAACUUCCAUCGUCCCUCCGCCUUCCCUCCCGCUCCCGCCGACCCCGCCUGCAGCGCCCCCGCCUGGACUCCGGCCGCCGUCGCUGCCUCUGAUCCACACCACGCCGCCCAGCCCCCACCUGUCCUGGGGCGCGUGUUCAGACGGGGACGUUUACUCCCGGAUCGGAGCGUUCCGGCCCUCCAGGCUGUCCAGCCUGUCCAGCCGCUCCACCGUCAUCCUGUUCGAACACUCCGCCCUGUGAACGGUCGUUCAACGCUCCGUUAGCUCAAUGCUCCUUUAGCUCAGCGCUCUGUUAGCUCAGCGCUCUGUUAGCUCAACACUCUGUUAGCUCAACGCUCUGUUAGCUCAGCGCUCUGUUAGCUCAACGUUCUGUUAGCUCAAUGCUCCUUUAGCUCAACACUCUGUUAGCUCAGCGCUCUGUUAGCUCAGCGUUCCAUUACCUCAACGCUCCAUCAGCUCAGCGCUCUGUUAGCUCAAUGCUCCAUUAGCUCAAUGCUCCUUUAGCUCAGCGCUCUGUUAGCUCAACGCUCUGUUAGCUCAGCGCUCCAUUAGCUCAACGCUCCAUUAGCUCAGCGCUCUGUUAGCUCAGCGCUCCAUUAGCUCAACGCUCCGUUAGCUCAGCGCUCUGUUAGCUCAGCGCUCUGUUAGCUCAACGCUCUGUUAGCUCAGCGCUCUGUUAGCUCAACGCUCCAUUAGCUCAACGCUCCUUUAGCUCAGCGCUCCGUUAGCUCAACGCUCCGUUAGCUCAGCGCUCCGUUAGCUCAACGCUCCGUUAGCUCAACGCUCCUUUAGCUCAGCGCUCCAUUAGCUCAACGCUCUGUUAGCUCAGCGCUCCGUUAGCUCAGCGCUCCGUUAGCUCAAUGCUCUGUUAGCUCAGCGCUCCAUUAGCUCAACGCUCCAUUAGCUCAACGCUCUGUUAGCUCAGUGUUCUGUUAGCCCAGCGUUCUGUUAGCUCAGCGCUCUGUUAGCUCAACGCUCUGUUAGCUCAAUGCUCCGUUAGCUCAACGGUCUGUUAGCUCAAUGCUCCGUUAGCUCAACGCUCUGUUAGCUUAAGGCUCCAUUAGCUCAGCGUUCUGUUAGCUCAAUGCUCUGUUAGCUCAGCGCUCGGUUUCAUCCUUCAGCACCACGGGGCGUCAGCCAUCAACGUUCAUCAUAAAAUUAACCUGUCAAAGAUAAAAUAUCGUCUUUAGCUUCUGUUCAGGCAGAUUGUUCAGUGUUACAGCAGAAAAUAUUUAGAAAUUAUUAACAGAAACAAAAUGUUUCUGCAAUAAAAUGCAAAGUUUUGUUGUUGGACUG